UUUGGCUCGUCUCUCAGUCAGUUCAGCUCUCCGCUGGCGACGUGAUGCACCUUCACAGCGCCUAAGAUGACUCCCAACAACACAAUCGCGUGCAGCCCCGGCCUCAUGCUGCCCUGCUGGGAGCCCCUGGUGGACGUCCCCCUGGUCGACAAGGUGGGCCGCGGCCUCGUCUACUUCCUCUCCAUGGUCUACCUCUUCAUCGGGGUGUCGAUCAUCUCGGACCGCUUCAUGGCAGCCAUCGAGGUCAUCACCUCCCAGGAGCGCGAAGUCACCAUCAAGCGCCCUGGGGGCGAGCGCCACAUCAUCGUCGUGCGGAUGUGGAACGAGACCGUCGCCAAUUUGACCUUGAUGGCACUAGGUUCCAGUGCGCCGGAAAUCCUCCUCUCAGUCAUCGAAAUCUACGCCAAGAACUUUGAGGCUGGCGAGCUGGGGCCGGGGACCAUUGUGGGCUCGGCGGCUUACAAUCUCUUCGUGAUUAUUGCGUUGUGUGUGUCGGUGAUUCCGGAUGGAGAAGUGAGGAAAAUCAAACACUUGAGUGUUUUUUUCGUGACGGCGAUUUGGUCCGUUUUUGCCUAUGUUUGGCUCUAUAUGAUUCUGGCGCUCUUUUCUCCGGGGGUUGUGGAGAUUUGGGAGGGACUUUUGACGUUUAUGUUCUUUCCACUGACGGUGCUUACAGCCUAUGCGGCCGAUCGGAAAAUGUACAAAUAUGUCAAGAAGGAUUAUAGAAUGAACCGCCGUGGGGUGAUUGUCCAAGCCGAAGGCGACAACCUGGAGAUGGGCAGCACUGAGCUCCUCGGCCUGGACGACGUCCACGACGACAUCAAGCAAGAGUACAUCACCACCCUCAAAGAGCUGCGCCAACAGCACCCCCAUGCCGACCUCGGCACCCUCGAACGCAUGGCCCACGAGAUCCUCCUCAACCGGGGCCCGAAAUCGCGCGCUUUCUACCGCAUCCAAGCCACCAGGAAGCUGAUGGGCAGUGGGGACCUCCUCCGACGCAUCUCCGAACGCGCCCAGAGCGACCUGAGCGAAAUCAAAGCGGAACUCCAGCGGGAAUCAGGCGCUGCCGAAUUCAACGCCUCCAACUGUCGCGUUUUCUUCGAACCUUCCAAGUACACAGUCCUGGAGAGUUGCGGCAAGUUCGAGGUGCGAAUUGCACGGACUGGGGACUUGGACAAUGCCGUCAGUGUGGAUUAUUUGACUGAGGAUGGGACGGCACAAGCUGGGAGUGAUUAUAUUCCGAUUAAGGGGACUUUGCAUUUUGGGCCUGGUGAUAAGGAGAAGAAGCUGACUCUGGAGGUUAUUGAUGAUGAUGUGUUUGAGCCCGAUGAGCAUUUUUAUGUUAAGCUGGGGGCGGCGAAGCCGCCGGAAGUGUUGGCUUCGCCCACUUUGGCCACGGUUAUUAUUCUGGAUGAUGAUCAUGGAGGUUUGUUCAAGUUUGAGGAACAGAAUCAUGAGUUGGUGGAAAGUGUGGGGACUUAUGAACUGAAAGUGGUUAGGUGUUCGGGGGCGCGAGGGAGGGUGAUUGUGCCGUUUUGGACGGAGGAUGGGACGGCUAAGGCGGGGAAGGAGUACGAAGGGAAUGAGGGGCAGCUUAUCUUUGAAAACAACGAAUCAGAGAAGACCAUCCCGUUAACAAUCAUCGAAGAAGACAGCUACGAAAAAGACGUCCUGUUCUAUGUACAGUUGGGCGAGCCUCAGAUGUCUGGUGAUGAGAUAGCAAGUUUGGCAGCUGAGGCUGAAAAGAAACGUCCUGAAGAACGCACCGAAAGGGAGAAAGUAGCGAUAAUGGGCAAACCACGACUUGGAAACAUCGUAAGAGCACAAAUACGCAUCAAAGAGAGCAAGGAAUUCCGAAAUACUGUAGACAAAUUGGUGCAAAGAGCGAACGCUUCUUUGCUAAUUGGGACGUCGUCUUGGAAGGAGCAGUUCAUUGAGGCCAUAACAGUGAGCGCUAGCGACGAUUCCGACCAGAAAAAACCGUCAGGACUGGACUACAUCAUGCAUGUUGUCACUCUCUUCUGGAAAAUUUUAUUCGCAUUUGUGCCACCUACAGAUUUAUGCAAGGGAUAUCUCUGCUUUUUCGUAUCGAUUUUGUGCAUUGGAGUGGUUACGGCUGUUAUAGGGGACGUGGCUUCGCAUUUUGGGGCCACUCUGGGCAUUGCAGAUUCCGUAACAGCUGUGGUGUUUGUAGCGCUGGGAACCAGUGUUCCAGACACAUUUGCCAGUAAAGUGGCAGCCAUCCAUGAUAAGCAUGCCGAUGCCAGUAUUGGAAACGUUACAGGAAGUAACGCUGUGAAUGUGUUCCUUGGUAUUGGCGUAGCUUGGUCUAUUGCUGCCAUUUACCACGCCACCAAAGGUGUGGACUUCAGAGUCAAACCGGGGAAUUUGGCUUUUUCCGUGACGAUUUUUUGUUCGGAGGCUGUUAUUACAAUAAUCGUCCUGUUGCUGCGACGAUCUCGCAUGGUUGGGGGCGAACUGGGAGGACCAAAGUGCCUCAAGUAUCUCACUAGUGCUUUUCUCCUCUCUCUAUGGAUUUUCUACCUGAUUAUGACAACGUUGGAGGUCUACCAUGUCAUUAAAGGGUUUUAAGAUUCUUACAAUGUACUUAUAUAAUUACUUCUCUAUAUUCGUCAACAACGCAAUGUUACUUAAAUCACACCAGUGAUACUCAAUAGUCCACUCACGUUAUGUCGCUUAUCGAUUUUGUGAUCGCCCUCUCGUGGCUAACAAGUAGACUUAAUUUAUGCCUUAAGCAAGACAGGCCUGCCAAUAGUACGUUAUAUUUUUGCGACAUGAGUUACAGACCAGUCUAACAAAAACCACAAAAAAAAUCUGAUCAAUUUUUCCUGCUGUAGUAAUUAUAAAAAAUGUAUCUUUUCAGCUUAAACUUUUUUCCCUACAGUUUUUUUGCUGGAUUGGUCUAUGAUCGUACUAUACAGGUGGUCCAGUCCAGCUCCCGUCUUCUGUAGCCCAGUUAUCUAUUUUUUUGGUUUUUAGUUAUUUUUAAGUAAUUCCUGAACCGAUUUGAAAAAACUUUAGGGACAUGUAAGAAGCUAAAAAAGUGUCCUAACGACCACAAAAAAAUAAUAGCUUGUUGUUAAUUUUUUUUAUUAUGACAUCAUAUUUUUGGGACCCUAGACCCUUUACUAAUAAGUUAACCGAGUUGCGGAAGGUGGGAGCUGAGCUGGACCAGCCAGUAUAUGUAUAAUUUUUUUUAUUACGCACUGGAAAUUAAUGGAUAAUGUUAACUAGAGUUAGUCUGACUUAGCCUUAGAGUAUGCGAGUGUUCAACAACAUAACUUUAAUAAUUCUAGUGUUGUGAGUUGCACUGUUCUAUUUGUGUAACUUCCCGAAUUCGGUGGCUUCGUUUCAGACGUCCAGAAAUGUCGAAGUGCCACAUUUGGGGCGUUCUUAGUCAUAAUUAUUCUAGUCAUGUUCUAGUGAUGUGCAAUUCAAAAAGACCAGAAAGCAAUGGGAAUUCAAAUUAUACACACAAACGAAUUAAAUUAAAUCAAAAGGCUGACGAAAGGAACCACUGGUAGAUUAUUCUGACUGUGUACUGUAGGUAAUGCUAUAUUUAAAAAUGUCUCACACAGUAAAACGAAAUCAAAGGACAUAAUCACACGAGUGGAUGCAUUUUUAAAAAUGGCAAUACAUCCAAAUUAGACUAGAACAUCUCAGCAAUAGCUUUUGUACGGCGGUUAGCUAGUCUUAGCGAAUUCUAUAAUUUGAUUCUUCCCAUUUGAAGGGUAAAGCUGGAAAAGGAGAUAAAUACUUCCACUAUAGUUAGUACAUGUUGUUUCGGGUUUUGUUGCUCUGUUUCCAUUGAGUUCCAACGAUUUAAUCAAAACACUAAAACUAACUUAAAAUUGUUGGAAUUCUGCUACGUGUUCUGUGUUGUCUGUAGGUAUUGUUUUUGGUGAAACGGAUUAACUGAAUUCACUCCAAUCCCGAUGAAAUGUGUUAUGGGCUUCCAAUAGUUGUUUAUUUAUCCACGACGUUUGAUUUAUUUCACAAAUUAGAGGAACCUUCUGCAGUUACGAUAAUUUAAACAAAUGACGGAAAUCCUAUUUAAGUAAUAAUAGACCUAAUAAUUAAAUUGCCUUACCCCCAGAAAUGAAAACAUUUUACGUUAAGUGUUUGUAAUAGAAUAGACAUGGUCUCAUAUAAGAGUAAUGUUAGGUGUUGAUAAAUUUGUAUUAUUUUUUUAUGAUUUUAUUGUAGUUUAGGUAAGUACAUAUCUUUGGCACAAGAGUGCAAGCCAAAUGAACCAAAAAUAUUAUAGAAUGGAUAUUAUGCUAAAGUUGUUGUCAUUAUAGUUAAGUUUAAGCAAAGAAUGUUCGAUUUAAUAAAAAUGUACCUAGUUAAA